ACAGAGGCUUGAGCCGACAAGGGAGACUGAAGUCCCAGGACCUCCAAGGUCACCCCGGACACCCCUCCCUGAUCUUCCGGGAGCCCCCUUCUCUGCCUCCCACCACCCAGGCCUGAGUCUUGGCAUGGCAGAUGAGAGCAACGAGGCGGCUGGGGAUCCAAGCCCCGCCCCUGCCCCCAUCAGACGUCGUUCCUCUGCCAACUACCGGGCUUAUGCCACCGAGCCCCAUGCCAAGAAAAAGUCAAAGAUCUCAGCUUCGAGAAAAUUGCAGCUGAAGAUGUUGAUGCUACAGAUUGCCAAGCAGGAGCUGGAGCGGGAGGCCGAGGAGCGACGCGGGGAGAAAGGCCGGGCCCUCAGCACCCGGUGCCAGCCUCUGGAGCUGACGGGGCUGGGCUUUGAGGAGCUGCAGGAGGUAUGCCGACAGCUCCACGCCCGGGUGGACAAGGUGGAUGAGGAGCGAUACGAUGUGGAGGCCAAAGUUACCAAGAACAUCAAGGAGAUCGCAGACCUGACCCAGAAGAUCUUUGACCUUCGUGGCAAGUUUAAACGUCCCACCCUGAGAAGGGUGAGGAUCUCGGCAGAUGCCAUGAUGCAGGCACUGCUGGGAACCCGGGCCAAGGAGUCCUUGGACCUGAGGGCUCACCUGAAGCAGGUGAAGAAGGAAGACACUGAGAAGGAAAACCGGGAGGUGGGUGACUGGCGGAAGAACAUCGAUGCACUGAGCGGAAUGGAAGGACGCAAGAAAAAGUUUGAGGGCUGAGCCUGCCUGGGCCACCUGGACCCUGUGAUUUUUCCUGAGGAAUAAAGCCUCUCUCUGAG